AUGAGUAAGGUGACGUUAGAACAUAUCCCCGUACUACGCCCUACAGAAGAUGAGUUCAAAGAUCCUAUUGGAUAUUUAUCGCAAGCACCAAUACGUAGGAUUGGUAAUACAUAUGGGAUGGUAAAAUUGGUACCUCCUGCAGGAUUUUUACCGCCAAUGGUUCUCAACGACGAGACUUUUAGAUUCAAGGUUCGUUUACAGACACUGAGUGAGUUGGGACUCCUCAAUAGAUCAAGGCUCUUCUUUCUUAAACAGCUUAAAAACAUAAUGCUUUUGCGAGGAAUUAGUCCCGAGAAGAUUCCGGUUGAACCCUACUGCGUUGUGGAUAUGGGCACCAGGGUUUAUUUUUAUGAUGUGUUUAUUGCUGUGAUCAAAUUUUAUAAUGCAUCAGCACCUGAACGCAGCAUAGCGAAUAGGUCUCGGAAGCGGGGCCGUGAGGAGUCAAUAAAGGAGGAUUUAGCUACAUCCCGCACGCUGGUCAUGGUACCGCUGUCGCAAGUACUGGCAGACAAAGUAUUGUGGAGACAGCUAUCUAAGGAGUUUAAUGUACCAAGGGAAGUACUAGCUUCUCUCUUUAAAUCCAAAAUAUCGGAUUAUUAUCAAUAUCUACAAAAGCAGAGUAAAGGCUGCGAUUCAGCAUCAUUGAUCAAGACUUUGUUAUAUCAAGAGGAGUCUCCCUGGUGCCAAAUUCGGGAGGAUAGUGAUAGUGAUACAGACUCUGAGACAGAAACAGAAGAUACCUGUGUUAUAUGUAAAACUCAGGAGGAUUCUGAGGAAAUGAUAGUGUGUAAUUCAUGUGGGAACUGUUUUCAUGAUCAGUGUCUCGCGGUGCCCUUGGCUUCGGCCCCAAGGGACAACUGGAUGUGCGGUAACUGUAUAGUUGGUACGGGUUACUACGGAUUCAAAGAGGAGAAGUUGAAAUACUCAAGGCAGGAAUUCAAAUCUCUCUGUGCUGAAUUUGAUAAAAUGUGCUUCCCCGGUGGAAAACCUUUGGACUCAAUUCGGGUGCUUGAAGAUAUGUUUUGGGCACUAGUCUCCAACAUUGAUAACAGACUCACCAUUCGUUAUGGUGCAGACAUACAUCACACAGCACCCGGGGAGGUUACUGCUUUUCCUACAAUGGAUUGGAUCCCUCCUGAAAUAGAGAAGGAUUCAGCAGCGUACAAGGAAUAUUUGUCUUAUGCGACUCAUCCGAUGAACCUUAUUAAUCUACCGAGUGCAAAUGGUUCUCUUCUUCCCGUUAUUGGAAAGAGCAUAUCAGGAAUGACGGUUCCCUGGAUAUACAUUGGUUCAACGUUUUCCACCUUUUGUUGGCACUUGGAGGACCAAUACACCUUGAGUGCAAAUUACCAACAUGAGGGAGAUCCGAAGAUAUGGUAUAGUAUACCAGAGCAUAGUUCAGAAGCUUUUAACAACCUACUGAGAAAAAUAUCUCCCGAUUUAUUUGAGAAACAGCCUGAUUUGAUGCAUCAACUCGUAACUUUGAUAUCUCCAUACGACAAUCAGUUUAUUAAAGCUGGCAUCUCUUGUUAUAAAGCAGUACAAUAUCCAGGCGAGUAUAUCAUUACCUAUCCAAAAUGUUAUCAUGCUGGUUUUAAUUCGGGCUAUAACCUCAACGAAGCCGUCAAUUUUACGCUUGAUCUUUGGAUACCUUUCGGAUUACAAGCCAUAGAUGAUUAUAAAAUGACUAAGAGGAAGUGCGUGUUUAAUAUGUGGGAGCUAAUGUUUAAUAUACUGAAGCGAUACUUGGUUGUGCCAAAAACGUUGCAACCCUCACUGGCAAUAAGGUGCCAUACCGAGCUACUUAAGAUAUUUAAUUCUGAGAUGAGCAUUAUCCAAAGAAUUGAAGAUAUGCUGGAUAAGAAUGAAUCAAAGGUGAUGACCCGUAGGAGAACUACUUGCAUACAUAAUGGUGAAAGGAAAUUUAAAGGGGAACAGCAUUCGAUCAUAUUUAGCAGUACGGAAAAUGACGAAAGCCAGGAAGAACCCGCAAAUGCAUAUGUCAGCGAUGAUAAGAAUAAUUAUGACCCAGAUAGCAAUCGCAGGCAGGAUGAGAAUGCGGGUGAGAAUGCGGAUGAAGAGGAAGAGAAGGAGGAAGAGGAAGAGGAAGAGGAAGAGGAAGAGGACGACCAUGACUUGAUUUGUUCGGAAUGCAAAACCAUCUGCCCGUUCGCUUUUGUUGUUCACGUCCAAAGAUUUAAUGUAUACAGACGACGCAAGCUUCCUAAUAUGACACCAGUUGAGUGGAACAAUUUGGCCGCGCAAGGCAUAAUUUCAAUAUUAUGUUUAGCAGACUACAUGGCAUUGGUUGAACAAACACAAGCUUGUAAGCGUCGUAAGUCUAGACAUGUUGAUACGCUUGACAAAGACGAGCUCCAUUAUAUAACAGAACCCGAAGAGAUCAAAGAUAUCUUACAAAAAACAGAAAAUAUGAUACAUAAUGGUUUGUAA